AUGGGCGACACUACGAACGGCCUCCAUUACGGUCAGAAGCUACGGCUCGUCACGCGCUCGGUCUAUGUCGACGAGUCGAUUGCGACGACGACCACCGAGCUCGGCAUUGGAUACUACGAGAAGAACGGCCGCCACGGGAUCCUCAGCUGCGUCCCACCGCUUGGACCGAGUUGCCAGCACCUGUUUGCGGAGGACGAGUUUGUGGUCGUGCGUCCCAACAGCAAACGCUCGAGCGACGAUCGGGUUUUCUAUGGCGAUCCGCUCGUGCUCGUGAACCAGCACGGAAUGGUGUGGAACAAUAAGACGGGCGGGAUCACGGGAUACGUCGGGCCUCGACCACGCGGUGUCUCUGGCGAAAUGUUUGUGUGCUUUACGAGAGUCUCAGCCGAUGAAGAGCUGGACAAAUGCCGCAAGCGAGAUAAGGGAAACAAACGGGACCAGCUGAAGGCGUCGAUUGUGACGUCUGCGCUGUCCAUGUCGGGCAGUUUAUCGGCGGCGGAGAAUUGCACAGCCGAAGCAGGUCCAGUGUGCUUCGGUGACUCGGACGUUGCAAUCACCGUCGUCGAGUCGAACCGUCACUCGCAGAUGUUCAAUAAGAGGCUCAGCAAUUACAAAAAGGCUACGAGCCGUAUUGCAGGAGGCUACAUUUGCUGCGAUGGCAACGGCACCGAGUUGCGGUUUUCUAUCUUGCCAGCUAAGCCCAAGAUUGAGCGGAUUUCCAUGAUGGAUCGAAUCAUUACGCCGUAUAAUUAUGGACAGAAGAUUGCGUUGCCGCUGGGGCUGCUACGCAGUACUAUGAGCGGGAAAGGUGCAGGGCGGCCAAGCAGGAUCGAGCAGAAGGACAUCAUCUUUCGAUGUUCGAAUGGAGCGGAAGCUGUGUUGUCAGGGACGCUGUUGCAGCAGAAGGUGCUGACACAUGCCAAGCAUCUUGGUACCAAUGAUGAAGAAAUUGAAUCGGUUUUUGAGCUGCCCCUUCGGAACGCACCAGGUGUACUGGUCGUGCGUCUCACGGGUGUUUCACCUCGGACAAAGCUGUCGGGAAACAACAAACAGCACCUGUCGACGCCCAGGACCAAACGGGGUGUGGCAGUAUUGUACUAUGUGUCCGACCUGCUUCAACUUUUGCCUGUGCCUAUUUUUGCGCUAGUCUACGCAGCAAUCGCGCGUUUACUUUGGGGCACUCUCAACAUGACGGGAGGCGGUUUGCGUCACGAAAUCGCGGUACUGGUUUUGGUAAUUCUGCCAGCCAUGUACGCUGCGGUGAAGGUAGACCAUCCCUUUUCAGCACUAUUCCAUUCCCCUGUCUAUGAGCCAGAAGUUCAUGACACCUCAGACAUUGGAGUGGGUCGGGCUAGUGAUACGUUGAAGCUCAUCGUGAAAGAGUACCGCUUUCUGUCAGCGAGCGGCGUCAAUGCUAACAGAAACGAUGGCAAAGUGAAAUUUGCACAAGCCCCAGAUGUUAUGAAUGGAAGUACGGUUGAACACUCAAGUGCGACAGCGCUAGAGGCCACGGGGUCGAUCCCCAAGCGGUUCAUCCUUGCCGAAAAGGGUGAUCAGGUGAAGGCGCUGGAGAGGUACAAUGAAACUACCAAGUGGCGACGCGAGCAAGGCAUUGAUUCUAUUUUAGAGGAGCCCAACCCGUAUUUCAGGAUCAUCAAAGACAACUACCCGCACUAUUAUCACAAACGCGGCAAAAAUGGCGAGCCGGUGUACUACGAAAAGCCAGGCAAGAUAAAUCUGAAAGCUCUCAAGAACGCAGGGCUUACGCUGGACGACUUGAUGCACAACUUACUCAUGAUCACAGAGUUUUUGUGGCAAGUGAUUGAGCAGGACGACAACGGUAAGGGCAUUUCCGUUUUGGACGUUGACGGAAUCGGUAUCUCGGACUUUGCUGGCGAGGCUGUUGAGUACGUUCGCAAAGCUGCUUCUCUUUCUGGCAAGCACUAUCCGGAACGCUGUGCGUACAUUUACGUGAUCAAUGUGCCAUCCUGGUUCAGCAUGAUUUGGAACUCGGUCAAGGGGAUGGUGGACGACGUGACUCGUGAAAAGGUUAUCAUCGUGCGCGGCAAGAAAAACAUAUUCGAGGCGCUGUCGGAAAGAAUCCCAGUCCACAACAUUCCCGUGGAAUAUGGUGGGACCAGUGACGGCAAGUCUUCGGAGGAAGAUCUGCUGUACAGUCUUAUGGACUACGUCAACAACAACGAGGGUGCGCCGGCAAUGAACCCGAUUGCAGAGAUUUUGAAAAGGAAGCCCACUAAGCAUUAG